GUAUGGCGGUAUAUUAGUGCCAAAAUUCUAACAUGCUAUCGUCUAACUUCUAACGUGCUAUCGUCUAACUUCUAACGUCUAUUCGUGUAACUUCUUAUCUAAGACAAUGUAUAUUCUAAUUUCUUCAUUUGUUCCUCGUAAAUGGGGCCUUCUAAUCUUGCAAUUUUUAUUCUAUUUCAUGUUAUUUCUAUUAUUGUAAGGACAAAUUUUCAUUUCAACAACGCUUAACAUGUUUAGAAUGAACAUUGAACAAAUUAAGAAUUUGAUACGUCCACCUAGCAACCGUCAUUAUGACAUCGUUUGGUGUCGCCACUGUAUGCGCAGCUAUCCACGCAAUUACUGCUCACGGCCGGAAGUUUAUACUGUUUUACGACAACAAUUACGAAUAACGGCAUUGGCACAACCGGCUAAAAGAUGUCAGAUUCAAUUGCCAAAUCGAAAGCUCUGAAUCUUUUAAAGCAGGCCGCACAGGCACUUACCGAAGUAUCAGAAUCCCAACAAACAGAUAAUAUUAAGAAUAAUAAACCCGAAAUACAUGUACCAACCUCACAUGCUCCACCCAUGGCAUCAGAAAUCAAGAAGCUUUUUUCCCCGUACAGUAGUUACAGCAGGCCUGGCACUAGGCCUAGUACUAAGAAACAUUUCCCUGCCACUGUCACUUCAGUCAGUGGGCCUGUGAGUUUUUGGACGCACAGGUUCUCUGUAAUAAUUGACAAAGACCAGAAUUUUGUACCUACUAGAGAACAAAAGAAAGAAUCAUUUGAAAAUGGACUGGGUGAGAAAAAAGUAACAUUUGAAAAAAAUGACAACCCUCUGUACUUUAAAGAAAAAUUGGAAAGUGUAUUUCCGGCACUCAAGUCCUGCGGUGGAUAUGAACUUCUGCGAACAGACUUUGGCAGCAGAUCGUCUUUGGAACUAAUGAUUCAGCCAUCUACGGGCUUCCACACAAACUAUUUAGCAAAUGAGAGCUGUUUGGGCCAAGCAAUGUGCUAUGCAAGGCCAAUCCAAAGGAAUUUGGCCUUUGCCAGUGUAUCUGUAGAAGGUGAUGACUUGUCUCAGGGACCAACUGAAGUAUGUGUAAUAUGCAAUGAUGAAAUACCCUUAAAGAAUUUGAGGAGGCAUGUAGAGGAUUGUGAUAAAAAUUGUAACAAUGAUGAUAAUGACCUAGAUAUUUUACCAGAGAUCAAUUUUAAGCCAAUGAAGAAGUCGCAACAACCAAUAUGCAAGUAUACUUGUGUACCGAAUCAACUAUGUUCAGUGUCCGCUGUGUCAAGACAGUUUUAAUAAAGAUGUCAUAGAAAUUCAUUCUUCAACCUGCAAUGGUCUGAGUGAAAGUGCUGGGGAGAAUGACAAACAAUCAGAAGUUGUGACUGCCUUAAGUAUAAGAAGCGAAGAUGAAAAUGUACAUCGUGAACGGUGCCUAAAAGAAACACUAUUGGAAAUGUGUGAUAUAAAAAGUCCGGAUCUCAUUAUAAGUACAUAUAGCAAGAAAUUUAUUAGAGGGAAGAAAAUGGAUGUACUUGAAGAAGAUUAUGACAGCAAGGAGAAUACAGCUUUUGAAAUAUUCAUAUCACGUGAUGAUAUUUUUAAUGACAUGUUAUCAGAGUUUUCCAGAAAUGUAGAUAUAUCCUAUUUGCUAGACGUCACUUUCAUUGGUGAAGAGGCAUCUGACAUGGGAGGACCCAGACGAGAAUUUCUUACAUUAGCUCUGCAAGCCAUUAAAGAAAGAUUGAUAAAAGAUGGCUAUUUAGUAUCUGAGAAGGAUAUUGGACAUGAAGCAUACUUGACAUUGCUUCACAAAAAGGCUUUUGAAAUUGCUGGAAUUGUUGUUGGAUUGUCUUUAUUAGAAGGUGGACCAGUGCCUUAUUUGUUAAAUGAUCCAAGGGGAGUUCUUCUGACCCCAGACACACAAGAAAUGAAACAAUUUAGUAUUGGAUUGAAAAGAAUUGGCAUUUUGCAGUUGUGCCAAAUUAAGAAAGAUCUAAUGUCUUUGUUCGACAUGAAUAAUGGGAAAACUUUGCUGCUGACCUACCCAACAUUAGUUAAGUUGUUAAAAGUAAAAUUUUCUGAGGAAGGUUCGAAUGGGUAUAUCCAAGAAAAGAGUAUGUACAGAUUCUUCCUCGACUACAUGAAGGAGGUGGCAGCACACAGACGAGGAAGUAUACAACUAUCAGACAUACUUAAAUUUAUUACAGGUAUAGAUCAAGUACCAAUUCUGGGCUUUACAAACACUCCGACAAUUGAAUUUACCGCCAGUGAUACUCUAUUGCCAACAAGCAGUACAUGCACGUGUACUCUUAAUCUAUCUAGGAAGUGCGAUGUUACAAAAGACAUAGUGUUUAAUAUGUUUGAUUAUGCAUUUGCUAAUAGUUAUUUUGGUCUAGUUUAAUCAGUGUACUGGAAAACAAAAUGACUGUCUGAUUUUGUGUACAUUUGGUUUAUUUUAAGUUUUACUAUUUUAAAUUCUUCCCAUAAUUUGGCUUAUUAUUGAAUUUGAAAAGUACCAAUGUUUUGAUUUUUUGUGCCUAUAUGUCGCAUAUUGUUAUCACCCUGUUUUUAUGGUCAUGAGUAACGAAGCCUUUUAAUUUUCACAAGUAUCUAAUACAAGUAAAUUUUUUGGAAAAUUACUUCAUGGGUUUGUUACUCUUGAUCAGUUUUUAAUGUUUGUAAAUCAUCCAUGGGAAUAUUUUUCGUUACUUGCCAACCUGCACAUAUCUUUAUUAAUUUUUGUACAUUUGUCUUGUGGUGUUUGUCAUUCAUUUCAUCAAUCUAUUGAAAUUCAUUUAAUCAAUCUAUUGAAAUUGAUUUAAUCAAUCUAUUGAAAUUCUCAUAUUAUUCUUUAGAAACAUUUCUGAGUGUCCUGACAGCAUGAAAAUAAAUGGUUUUUAGUCAA